CGUGUUGAAUGAAAUUUGCAUAACCUGAUAACAGAGAAGUGUUGCUGUGUUUGCUGUGCUCGUCCGUGCUUUGCAAAAACGAUUUCUCUGCGCAAUGGGAGAAGAAUUCCCAGCUAUUGUAAAUCUUAAUGUUGGUGGCUAUGUAUACACGACGUCUUACAAGACUCUAACACGGUGUCGAGAUUCCAUGCUUGGUGCCAUGUUUAGUGGAAGACAAAAUCUAGCGAGAGAUACCCGGGGAAAUUUCUUCAUUGACCGUGACGGUUCCUUGUUCAGAUAUAUCUUGAACUUUUUAAGAACCUCAGAGCUCUGUCUACCCGACUCUUUCGACGAAUUUCAGCAGCUUUCUCUCGAGGCUGACUUCUACCAGAUCGAAGACUUGAUAAAAGCGUUGCAAAUUUACCGUCAAGAUCGAAUAAAAAACCUUCAACUUUUAGAUUACCAAGGAACUGUUAUUCUUCGAGUUGACAGAUAUAGGAACCAAUUACUACUAAGUGGCAAAGACUUCUUGGUUAAGGAGGUCUUCAAGGACUUUAUGAAUAUGGCUGAGUUCAAUCUUUGUUUGUUACCUGCACGUGGGUAUGUGAGGAAUUACCGGGUACCAUGGAAACCGGGCGGAAACGAGCUGUCGAAAGCCGAUGCAUUUGAUCUGUUACUUGGCCAUGGCUUUACGCUGCUGAGUUCUAUUGGAGGCGGCUCAGAUGCUGAUGAGGCGGGGUCUCAGAUAGAGGAACACUUUUUUAUCCGCAAGGGCAAGUUUCAAUCACUCACACUGUAAAUGCUUGGAAAUACAGUCCAUUUACAAAACGUUGUCAUCAACCAUCUUCGCAACUACAUGCCAAACCUGUUAUAAUGUUAGCAUGGGUCAAAACCACUGAAGCACCUAACUGCAUAUAUUAGCCCCCAUUACCAUGUCUAAAUCUGAAGUUAUGCAGUGGCUAAUAUAUGCAGCUAGGCACUUCGGUGGUUUUUACACAUGCUUUACAUGCGGGCUUGUUGCAUAGUCCCAGAGCCCAUUGAUGCCAGCAUUUUGUCAGUCGACUUUUCAUAACCUUAUGUCUUCCUACAUAAUGAGACAGAGAUUUUAGAUCUUAAAUCAGGAAUUAAAAAGAAGAGUUUUUAAUUCAAAAGUCAUGGAGUUUUAAGUCAUAGAAGAAGAAUUUGUGAGAAAGGACUAUGCAUAUGAGAAUUGCAAUGUAAGCAUUAAAAGCAUUCUUGUCAGAAUUUGAAAAAGUCAAUUUAAUUUUUACCCAAUCUUUAUUCCUAUCUGGCCCUAGUUCAUGUAAAAAUGUUGAAUAAAAAUAAAACUGGGGGAUUUGUAUUUGAUGAAAAA